AUGGAAUACCUACGUGGUGGAUGGGCACAGCGUGACGGAGCUCUGCCAGGCCUUGGCGCAGGCCGCAUCGGUGAAGGACCGCCCCACGGCCAUCGUUGCCAAGACCCUCAAGGGGAAGGGCAUCAAAGGGGUGGAGGACGUGGAAAACUGGCACGGCAAACCCAUGCCGAAAGACCGGGUGGCUCAGAUCUUGCAGGAGAUCGAGGGGCAGAUCCAGACGGACAGGCGGCUCUGCCCGCAAGGCCCGGUAGACGACGCGCCCGCGGUGGACAUCACGGACAUCGCCCUGCCCUCUCCGCCCGGGUACAAACCCGGCGACAAGAUCGCCACUCGGAAAGCCUACGGCCUAGCCUUGGCCCGGUUGGGUCAUGCCAACCAGCACGUGGUGGCCCUGGAUGGGGAUACCAAGAACUCGACGUUCUCCGAUCUGUUCCGCAAGGAGCAUCCCGAGAGGUUUAUCGAGUGUUACAUUGCCGAGCAGAACAUGAUUAGCGUCGCCGUCGGCUGCGCCACGCGGGACCGCACGGUGGCGUUCGCCAGCACCUUUGCCGCCUUCCUUUCCCGUGGCUACGACCAGAUCCGCAUGGCCGCCAUCUCCCAGAGCAAUGCCAACUUCGCAGGCUCGCACUGCGGCAUCUCCAUCGGUGAGGACGGUCCCUCACAGAUGGCCCUCGAAGACAUUGCCAUGUUCCGAGCCAUCCCGACCUGCACCGUCUUCUAUCCCAGUGACGGAGUGUCCACGGAGAGGGCGGUGGAGUUGGCAGCUAACACCAAGGGGAUUUGUUUCAUCCGGACUAGUCGCCCAGAAACUCCCAUCAUUUACCCCAGCGACGAACAUUUCCAAGUUGGGAAGGCCAAGGUGGUCCGCCAGUCGGAGAGCGACAGUGCCCUCGUCAUUGGAGCUGGGAUCACCCUGCACAACGCCCUGGAAGCAGCCGAUACCCUGGUGGCAGAGGGUAUCCACGUUCGGAUCAUUGACCCCUUCACCGUGAAGCCACUAGACGCGGCCACCAUUAUUGCCAACGCCAAGGCCGUGGGAGGGCGCAUCAUCACGGUGGAAGACCAUUAUUUUGAAGGUGGCCUGGGGGAGGCGGUAGCGUCGGCCGUGUGCUUGGAGCCGGCGAUCUCGGUGCGCCGCCUGGCGGUGUGUGGCGUGGCCUGGAGCGCCAAGCCCUCGGAGCUGCUGGACGCCUUUGGUAUCGGGGUGGGGGCCAUUGCCGCUGCCGUGCGGGAGGCCCGGUCCCAGUGAGCCGGCGGCCAUUUUCCCCCCCCUCCCCCGAGCCAGGGGGGAUGGGGGUUUCGGCCUUCCCAGCCCUGCCGCGGUGACCGGGAAACAGGCGCGGGCACACCGCGGUUACCGCAUUCCUGACUGGCUUCACCGUUUAACCCCACCUCCUGCCCCCCCCCCCCCCCAGCAUUUGUAUAGCCGCACGCGUUGAGGUCGGAUUGGCGUUUUUGGGAGAUGGGUGACAUGUUGGGGACCCCGCGGCGGUGCAGCAGGGGGUGAGGGGUGGGGGG